AUGCCACGUCUAUUAGCUAGCGCAUUGAGCCUGCGGCGCGACCCGCGGUUGCUCAAGCUCCCGCCCUACCUUUCUCUGCUGUGCAUCGUCGUUGGCGUCGUCUGGCUAUUCCUUCUUCCACUCGACGACUAUUCCCGAAGAACAUACAUAUCCGAAAACGCCCUAUUGCCGGGCCAAGUCCAUACGUACUUUGGUGGCAGCGAUCAGAAUGUCUUCCGCGCGUACAAGCACGAGACUGACGAGCUGGCUGGCAAGGGAAACAUCGAGGUCAAUGACAAACUCGAAUCCAUCGCGAAAGGUCUCGGUCUGAAAGUUGGCCGCCAAAACUUCACCUACAGUUCCGCCGGCAACACACAUUCCGGCCAGAACAUCUACGCGAUCCUCCAAGCCCCACGCGGCGACGCCACCGAAGCCAUUGUCCUCGUCGCUGCCUGGAAAAAUGUCAAGGGGGAGUUAAACCGCAGCGGCGUGCCCCUCGUCCUCACCCUCGCCCGCUACUUCAAGCGCUGGUCGCUCUGGUCCAAGGACAUCAUCUUCCUCUUCACUCCCGACAGUAUCGCGGGUCCCCAGGCCUGGGUCGACGCAUACCAUGACGCCCACGACUCGUCGCGCGUUGCCAGUCUGCCUCUCAAGAGUGGUGCGUUGCAGGGCGCCAUUGCCCUAGACUACACCCGCGAGACCCGCUUCCAGAGCGUGCAUAUCGUGUACGAUGGAGUCAACGGCCAGCUUCCCAACCUGGACCUGAUCAACUCGGUUAACCAUGUUGCUGGCGGCCAGAUGGGCAUGGGCGUUGCGAUCCAGGAAAUGUGGAAGCACAGCAAUAGCUACCACGACCGGCUACAGACCAUGCUGCGUGGUAUGCUCAAGCAGGGUCUGGGGCUGGCGAGCGGCCCACACAGCAGUUUUAUCCCGUACCAUGUGGACGCGGUGACAUUGCAACCAUUUGGUGAGGGUUGGCAGGAUGAGAUGGCCAUUGGAAGGGUUAUUGAGGGCACUUUCAGGAGCUUGAAUAACCUGCUGGAACACCUGCAUCAGAGCUUUUUCUUCUACUUGCUCAUGCAAAGGGAGCGGUUCGUGAGUAUUGGCACGUAUUUGCCCAGCGCUAUGUUGGUGGCAGCCAACUUUACAAUUAUGGCGAUUGCUCUUUGGGUGAAGAGCGGACAGCCCGACGUGCAAGAAAUCAUCACGGAGAAAACUAAGACGGCUGAGGAAGCUGAGAGAAUCGUUUCGCCUAACCCGCACGUCGCAUCGGAGAGGGAUCUUUUUCUUCCUCUGGUUCUCGUGGCCGUUUGCCAGUUUUUGGGCGUGGUACCUCUCUAUUUGUUCAACCACCUCUCAGAGAGUGCCUUGAUUCCAGCCUUCGUCCUCUUCAGCGUCCUUUCCUCGAUCCUCCCAUUCCUCCUCUCCAACCUUCUACAUACCUCGACAACCUCAACCACAGCCCAACAAUAUCACCUCAUCCGCUCCUUUUCUCUCCUCCUUCUCGGCAUGUUCCUUUCCUCGCUUGCGACCCUCAACUUUUCUCUCGCCUUUUUCGUAGGCGUCUUCAGCGCUCCGCUGACCUUUGUCCGCCCUUGCCCCAACUCUUCCACCCUUAGAUGGCUGUCUAUGGUCGUUUUGUAUGUCUUGUCUCCGACUACGGUGGUGUUAGUCGCCAGCAUGCUUCCGGGUUUGGACGAAAAGGUGGGAUGUGGGUUGGGAGAGGUGCUGAGGCAAGCGGCGUUUGCUUGGGAUGUCACGGGGACAUAUACGCCUGUUGUGGUAUGGUGUGUGUGGUGGCCUGCUUGGAUUGUUGGAGUUGUAUCCGUCUUGGGACGGCCUGGUGCUGGUGAUAAAAAGGUGAAGAAGGCUUGAGAGGUAUGUUCUAUACGUUAUAUUCGGGGUUCGUGGGGGAGUUUCUUUUAGACGGCAUCGCGUGGUACACAUUCACU